AUGGAGAUGAUGUGGCUGUACGUGGCACUGAUCCUUGUGCAGUGUGUCCUUGCCAUGACCUGGCUGUACCUGGCCAAGCAGCCUUCUCUGUGGGCAGUCCUGCAGGACCCCAGUGGCUGCGAGGGUCUGACGGCGCUGUUAGAAGAGCAGAUCCGUGUUUGCCAGUGGCAGGCUGAAGCCAUGGAUGCAGUGAAACGAGGCACAGAGCUGGCUGUCGAGGAGUGUCAGCACCAAUUUCACUCUCAACGGUGGAACUGCUCCACGCUGCAGGGACUGCAGGUCUUCGGCAAGGUUGCCAUCCAAGGCACGCGGGAGUCUGCUUUCAUCCACGCCAUCUCCGCCGCCAGCGUUGCCUUUGCUGUGACUCGUGCUUGCAGCUGUGGGGAGCUGGAGAAAUGUGGCUGUGAUGGCAAGAUCCGAGGAGUCAGCCCCGAAGGUUUCCAAUGGUCAGGCUGCUCUGAUAACCUGUCCUAUGGGAUUGCCUUUUCUCAAACCUUCAUAGACAACCCUGAGAGGAGCCAUGGCAUCUCCUCCAGCCAAGCACUCAUGAACCUGCACAACAAUGAGGCUGGGAGGAAG